CUGAAGGUCACUCGUGCGUUCGCGUCCCUUGGGACGCUAUUGUUGAACUUUGCCUUCAUCACUCACCAGAGAUUCAGGAAUACCCAAUCCUGGGUUCUACUGUUAUUUUCCACCAACCAAAUAAUAUCCUCACCAAUGUAUGAGAUACUUGAAAUGCAUAACAGAGAAUUACAGUAGUUUCUGAAGGUCCGGCGCUAUUUGUGAUAUUUGACCUAGAAGGCACCAGAGGUUUCGGAUUUCUUCGUGCUUUCUGAUUCAGAGUGAUUUUUAUCCGAUUUCCCUUCCAGUCCUUUCUUGGAUGAGUCGAUCGAUGGCUCAGAUAAUAGUUAACCUGUUGGAAAAAUGGGCAAAGAUUAAUGGCUUAAAAUACAUUAAUUUUCCUGAAUCUUGUCAAGUAAAUGGAAUACUUUAGCCGAACACCCAUAAAAAACGAUGUUUUAGGUAUUAUUAGUCAGCUCAGUUCACGGAAAAAGAAUCCGCGUACUCCACUCCGAAGCAACCGCACAAAUACAAACUCUCGGGAAUUCCUCCCUUUCCCGCUUCAGUUUGUUGAAUUCACUCCAGAAAAGUUAUGCGUUGAUAAAUGCCAAAAGAAAUAUUCAUCUUAUGUAAAAAUAAAUGAAACACAUACCUCAGAAAUUUUUAAGUUGAAUGUGGAAACAACAUCGUUGACCGGAUUCAGUCCUGAAGCUUCUUCUGACUUCCCACUGACCAACUUAUAUGGGUCAGCUUUCGACAACAGUCCUGAUGCACAAUCACUUGCACACAUUUCACCAAUAGUUAAGUAUAGUCCUGAGGCAUCUCCAAAGACGGGGACAGGUAAAGCAGCUGUUGAUGAUAACUUCGACACACAACUGCUUGUACAAACUUCACCAGCAAUUAAAUGUGAUUCUGAAGCGUCUCCAAAAACUUGUACAGACAAGGCAGCUGUUGAUGACAACUUCGACACACAACUGCUUGUACAAACUUCACCAGCAAUUAAAUGUGAUUCUGAAGCGUCUCCAAAAACUUGUACAGACAAGGCAGCUGUUGAUGACAACUUCGACACACAACUGCUUGUACACACUUCACUAACCGAACAUUUUCUUGAUCCUAAUGACAAUAAUGGCAAGGUUGACGAUAGUUCUAAGUUACUUCCAGUAUCUACAAAAUCAGACAUGAAUAGAUCAAUGUCCCUUAAUUACUCUAAUAUUAGGACAGUUGCACAUACAUCCUUGAAAAUUGAUAGUCUUUUCAACCCAAAUAAUAAAUCGAACGUUAGUAGUGGUGAUGACGAUGAUGAUGCCUUUGAAAGAUUUAUAGAGUCUCAGAAGAAAACCAAAAUAACAAAAUCGGAAGAUGAUCAAAGCAGCGAUUGGCUAUCUGGAGAGUCUGAAGAGGAUGAUGAUUCAAGUUCUACCUCUCCCUAUCAAACAUUUUACUAUAGAAUCCAUAAUCAAGUAGACUCUUCGGAAGUCAGAAAACCAUCAUUACACUUAUUCGAUUCUGAUUUCUCUGAGUCUGAUAGAGAAAACUCUUCUUCGGUUAAAAAUAAUCAGCCAGUUACUAUCGCAGUCCCAAAGCGUCUAGAUGUUACAAACUGUCAUAAAAGCACAAAGAAAGACGGAAAGCCUAAUUUAUCAGAUGUCCCUGUGGAGGAGUUUGUGUAUUCACUGUACCCGGUUAGUGAUAAUGACAGAAAAUCAACAGCACAAAGAAAAAUUCGUCAUCCUGAUGCACUAAAAUUUGUUCAAAAAUUUAAACCCAAUCGAUGUGAAUUAGCCAAGAAAUUGUAUGAAAUGUAUAAUGAAAAGAUAUUCUCUAACCAAUUACCAUCAAAUCUGGAGAUAAUAUGGAAUCGUCGAUUGUUGAAAACUGCUGGUCUUUGCAAGUAUAUGACACGUACAACAACCCAUUCUGACAAAACUUCUACUCAGGUUCGAAUUGCUCAAAUUUUACUGUCAGAAAAAGUUUGCACUACAGCAGAACGUGUGAGAGACACUUUGUUGCACGAAGUUUGUCAUGCAGCUGUUUGGUUGAUAGAUGGUGUAAAUGACGGUCAUGGACGACGCUGGAAGGCAUGGGCUAAUCGAGCUCAUAGUAUCUGGCCGCAGUUACCUAUGGUUUCGGUUUGCCAUGCAUAUACUAUUGAAACACGAUUUACAUACCGGUGUACAGGUUGUGGCGCAUGCAUCAAUCGACACAGCAAAUCUUUGGAUACCACGAAAAAGGUUUGUGGUCAUUGUCGUUCAAGGUUUGAACUACUGAUAAAUACACCUAGAGGACGUAUGCUUCGUCCAAGCAUAGCUGCUAAAUAUGAUAAACGUCUUCUACCUCACUGUUCAGAUAAAACGCCAAAGUUAUCCCCCACAUUAUCAACAAGGCCUGAUCAAAAAUCUUUACCACUUCGUGAAAUAAAACAGAAUGAAGAUUUACAAAAUGGUCUGUUAAAUAUGUUCAGGGAUUUUAAUAUUUCAAACUAAUCAUUGUACCUUGUACAUUUUUGUUAUUUCGUUUUUGUAAAUUUCGUUUUUAAUUCUUAAGUCAUUCUUGUUUGUGUAAUUAUUUUCUUUUGUAAUGUGAUAUUUUUGUUUGCUGUUUUAUAUAUUCUUUCCUUUUUCAAAAAUAUUUCUGAUUUUACAAACAUUGCAUUAUACCUCUUCAUUUAUUGAUUUUAUUGUACACUUUAUUUGUUUUUGUAAUGGCCGUAUGCAAUUUACAUAACCAAUGGUGGUGAGAAGGAAACUCACAGCAUUUAAAAAAAAAUUUUCUUUUUGUUGUGUAUAUAAACUGAAUCAUUUUCUUCUUUUUUAAAGAUGCUGUAUUUACUUUUUAAGCAUAAAUUGUUUUAAUAUAUUGGCUAGUUGAGAUUUGUUUGACUUCAGGUUAGAUUUCAUCACGAACUCUGACAUCAACUAGGGAACUGCGAAAAGCGAGUAGAUUACUGGACGACAGCUGUUUGGUUUUAGUACGGCACUCUUCACGGCUACUCUGCAGUUUUUUUUUCAGUUUUCACUGAUUUUCCAAAUGAUGUCGGUUUCUGAUAGAAUGUUUCUUCUUCCUUUAUACAACUUGUUAGGAAAGAUAAUUUCCUUUGUUCACCUUGAAGUCAUAAUUUGUACGCAUGCACUGAUAUCAUAAUCUGAUUGGAUGAUUUUCUUGAAUCGUUUAUUUUUUGGCGUGAGGUGCCUAAGAACUUUUGUUUUCAUACAGCCAAUCAGAUUUGUUUGUUUACUUAUGGCUUAAAUUUUUGGAGUUUUGUAAAUAUUACAUAUCAUUACAUACGACGCACUCCUACACUUCGCUAAGCCAGCAAUAAAAACCUGGUAAAGAGGAAAGGUUGGG